CGGAUCAAAGAAUUGGUCAUACAAAGAACGUGGUAUUACUAUGUAUUGAAAAACAGAAAGCAUGGACCCGAUAUCACCCCUGCAAAAAAUAUCAAUCCAACAAUACAUCCGGCCACUCACAAUUCCAAACACAAGUAGCCAUAUCCACCAUAAACGAACCAUCAAAGUUUAUUUUAGUCCUCGACCUCACAGCCCUAGGUUCCAGAAACAAAUCCCUGAACCUCAAACUCAGCCUUUGAUCCCCUCGAACAUCAACCCCGUCUUCCCCUCUGAAAACCUCCAUAUGUUUCACAUAAUCACCCGACGUCCACUGCUCCAUCCAAAUCCUACGUCUCCCCAGACAGAUCAAAAGCACCUUACCCACAUCAGUCCUUGAUUCUUUCAACCACCACCGCGCCUCAUUCCUAAGAUACUUUCUCUCAGCCAGAUACCCAGUCAAUACCACCACGCUAGGCCACUGACUUCUUCGCCCCGGGGGAUAAAAGCAGGCAUCGGCCAAGGCGUCGGGUAUGCUUUCGGGGACGUCGGUGACGAGGAUAUAGGGCUUGAAGGGAUCGGGGACGAGACGGAGCAGAUUGCUGAGAUGGCUGAGGUUGUUGAAGUUGUG